AUGUCUCUGAACCUUGAGAAACAGCUCACCUUUUACGGGGCCUACCAUCACAAUCCUACAAAUAUCCUCAUUCAUAUGACAUGUGUGCCCUUAAUUUUGGCUACCAGUCUUUUCCUCUGCUCCAACAGUCCUACAUUAAUACCUCUACCAUCAUGGCUUACUAUUCCGAAUUUACCUUUAAACUUCAGCACGAUUGGAUCAAUCCUCUAUAGCGGGUUUUAUAUCCUCCUCGAACCUGUCGCAGGCAGCAUCCUUCUCCCAUUUAUCAUCGGAUGGACCGCAUUCUCGAACCACCUCCUUGCUACCUCCUCAAACACUACUUUGGCAAAUCAAAUCGCUGGUGCUGUGUUCUUUGUCUCAUGGAUUAUGCAAUUUAUCGGACACGGCACUUUUGAGAAGCGUGCUCCUGCAUUGCUUGACAACCUUGUACAGGCACUAGUCCUGGCUCCAUUUUUCGUAUUCAUGGAGUUGUUAUUUAUCUUCGGGUACAGGCCAGAAUUACAGAAACGGAUUGACGUUGCUGUGGAAAAAGAGAUUACAAAAUUCAAAUCCGAACAGUCCAAUGGCGCCAUCAAGAAGGAUAAAGACAAUUGA